AUGGGUCUUACUGCUCGGAUAUUUGACGCCUUUCAAAACUCUCAUAUCAUUUAUGUUUCUUUUUCAAAAGUCUCACCAGCAGUCAUAUUGAAUGCGACCAAUCUGGUGGUGAUCGCCAUAUGUUCCUAUGUAUUCUACCAAGCGUUUUUGAGUCCCUUGGCAAGGUUUCCCGGGCCAGUCCUGGCGAAGUUUACUGGACUUUGGAGAAGCUACCAUUACUGGCGUGGUACUUGGCACGAUGACAUCCUCAAACUACAUAACACUUAUGGUCGCGCUGUACGCAUCGCCCCAAAUGAGCUUAGUCUUGUCGAUGCAGAGGCAAUCAAGCAACUGUACAGUCAUGGACACCAUGCAAAAAAAACAAAGUGGUAUUCAGUCUGGGAUGUGCGAAACGCUGGUGCAAAUGUUUUUUCCACACAGGACAACAAAGAACACGCCUUUCUUCGCAAGAGGCUUUCCGGCGCGUACUCCAUGACUUCAAUCCUGAAGUUUGAACAAUAUAUCCAGAGUUGUCUAGACCUUUUCAUGAUCCAAAUGCAGAAGCAUGUAGGGUUGGGUAAGCCAGUGAACAUGUCUGAGUGGACAAAUAUGCUCGCCUUUGACGUUGUGGGUGAGUUAGCCUACGGCUCACCUCUAGGACAGCUGGAAUCUGGGACCGAUACCUUGAAUAUUCGCUCAUCGAUCUAUCAAUAUUUUCAAUGGGGGUCCAACCUGGGUCACUUCCCUGGCCAAAUAAGCCUGCUCCAAAACCCCUUCGCAUCUUCUAUCAGAAGAUUUCUAGGGCUGGCUGAUGGUCCUGUUCACUUCCAGAGGUGGAGCAGUGAGCAAGUUCGAAAGAGACAGGAAGGAAAAAAUAUCUCUGAGCGAAAGGAUAUGCUGUAUCAUUUCAUAAACAUGAAGGGCCCUGACGGCGCCCCUGCCUCCCAUGGGGAGAUUCUCAUGGAGACUCUGAAUAUCGUUGGAGCCGGAGCGGACACAACGUCGAUUGGAAUGCGAUCAACACUUCACUACAUAUGCUUGAAUCCUGAGCGUUACGCAAGAUUGCAGGAGGAAAUUGACACUUACUACAAAGACAAUACCCUCACAUCACCCAUUACGUACACCGAUACACUGAAGCUACCGUACCUUUGCGCUGUCGUGAAAGAAGCAACUCGCCUUCUCCCGUCCAUUGUCUACCAGCUACUUCGACAUGUACCAGAGCAAGGCCUCAUGAUUGACGGCAAAUCCAUCCCGCCCGGAACCCCAGUAGGAGUCAGCCCUAUUGCGCAGAAUCGCGACCAGGCCAUUUGGGGCGCGGAUGCUGAUAUCUUCCGCCCGGAGCGGUGGCUUGAAGAUGAGCAAAUGGCGAGAAGGUACGAGGUUGCAAAUAUGACAUUUGGUGGAAAUGGACCACGAAUGUGUAUUGGCCGCAAUAUCGCCCUGGUCGAGAUUCACAAAUUCAUCGCACAAUUGCUGAGAAACUUUGACGUGGAAUUGGUCAACCUAGAGGUUCCAUGGCGCAUCACCAGUGUAUGGUUUGCAUUUCAGCACGAUAUGAAUGUGAUUUUGAAGCCUCGUACUAUUCCAUGCGGUUAG